GGAGGAAGAUUCCAGAGAAUGAGCUCAGAAGCUCACUGAACCAUUCACUUGAGGGAAACAAGAUCAUAUCAGGAUUACCAAGACUUCACAGUCGAGGAACUACUGCAGAAGACCCUUCAGAUACAAGUUAUGGUGCACAUCUGCAGGCUGUUUGUGGUGAUGGGGAUGCUGAUGUUUCUAAGUGUCCAGUUUGCCAGCUCUCAGCACUGGUCUCAUGGCUGGUACCCUGGAGGAAAGAGAGAGAUAGACGUUUACGAUCCUUCAGAGGUUUCAGAAGAAAUCAAACUCUGUAAUGCAGGGAAAUGCAGCUUCCUGAUACCCCAGGGAAGAAACAUUCUGAAGACAAUACUGCUGGACGCCCUCACACGGGAUUUCCAGAAGAGAAAGUGACACCGAGAUGACGCAUCAGCCCAUGUCCAAAGAAACAUCAUUUCCAGCAAACACAUUAGGCCUGCAUUUGCAUCCAAGUUAUCCUGUGAUAUUUUAUUUAUUUAUAUAUUUAUUUAUUUUUGUAUAUGUUCUGUAUUUUUGUUCUCGUCUCAAAGCCAUUGUGAGUUAGUCUAUACUGCCAGCACUAUGUAACCGUUUGCAGCAGUUCCUACAAUAAAGACUUUAUUUUGGU